CAUCAUUAGCUCAUCCACAGAGCAAGAUCAUUCUUAAGCAUUGUUAGCUUCGUGCGAUACAAUUCUCGCGAUGAUGAGGAUCACCGUGCAGUCGUCCAAGGCCGUCAGGCCCGCCGCCGGGGGCCGUGCAGCCGCCGCCCCUGAGGUCGUGCCGCUCUCGGUGUUCGACAAGGCCAACUUCGACACGUACGUCUCCGUCAUCUACGUCUUCCGGCCGCCGACACCUCCCAACGCCGCGCUCGAGGCGGGGCUGGCCCGGGCGCUGGCGGAGUACCGGGAGUGGGCGGGGCGGCUCGGCGUGGACCCCCGCACCGGCGGCCGCGCGAUCCUCCUCAGCGACGAGGGCGCGCGGCUCGUCGAGGCCGCGGCCGACGUCCUGCUCGACGCCGUCCUGCCGCUGAGCCCGGCCCCCGAGGUGACGCGGCUGCACCCGAGCGAGGACGGCGCGGAGGAGCUCAUGCUCGUCCAGCUCACGCGGUUCGCGUGCGGGGGGCUCGCCGUCGGGUUCACCGCGCACCACCUCGUGUCCGACGGCCGCGCCACCAGCAACUUCUUCGUCGCGUGGAGCCAGGCCACCCGCGGCGCCGCCCUCGACCCCGCCCCGGUCCACGACCGCGCGGCCUUCUUCAGGCCCCGCGACCCGCCAAGGGUCGAGUUCGAGCACCGCGGCGUCGAGUUCAAGAAGCCGGCCGCCCAUCAGCACGCGAAGGCCGCCCUGGGAAUAAGCAACGGCGACGGCCACGACGACGAGGUGGUGGUCCACAAGGCCCACUUCAGCCGGGAGUUCAUCUCCAGGCUCAAGUCGCAGGCGUCCCCGCCGGGCGCGGGGCGGCCCUGCAGCACGCUACGGUGCGUGGUGGCGCACCUGUGGCGGUGCAUCACGGCGGCGCGGGGCCUCGACGGGUCCGUCGCCACCAGCGUCUGCAUCGCCGUGGACGGGCGCGCGCGGAUGAGCCCGCCGGUGCCGGACGGGUACACGGGCAACGUGGUGCUGUGGGCGCGGCCCACAGCGGCGGCGCGGGACCUGGUCGCGCGGCCGCUGCGGCACGCGGUGGAGCUCAUCAACCGGGAGCUGGCCCGGGUCGACGGCGCCUACUUCGGGUCCUUCGUCGACUUCGCGGCGUCGGGGGCCGUCGAGGAGGAAGGGCUGGUGCCGGCGGCCGACGCGGCGGAGAUGGUGCUGAGCCCGAGCAUCGAGGUCGACAGCUGGCUGCGGAUCCCGUUCUACGACCUCGACUUCGGCGGCGGCCGGCCGUGCUUCUUCAUGCCGAGCUACCUGCCGGUGGAGGGCCUCCUCAUCCUCCUGCCGUCCUGCCACGGGGACGGGAGCGUCGACGCCUACGUCCCGCUCUUCAGCCGCAACAUGGACGCCUUCAAGAGCUGCUGCUACUCCGUCGACCUCGUCGACGACUAGCCCUGCGUCUGCAUGUAACCGAAAGGACCUUUAUGCAGUUCCAUGCAUGCAUGCACGUAAAAUGCACGCUCUGGUUCCAAAUUAAAAGACUGUUACACGUUGCUCGGCAAGUAAAUGAACCUGAAGUUUAGU